AUGCCCGAUGUUCAGCAACCUUUGCCGGGAUGGCUUUUCCCUUUUCAACUUUGCGCUGCUGGCUCUGGGACCAGUGGCAAACCCUCCAACUGCAAGUUGUGCUGUGAAGGACGGCCCGAGCAAACGGACGUGAUUGUGCAUCGCACAUUGCCCGGGAUCAGUGUUUUUGCUGAGCCCGAUAUAGGUCUAGGCAUUGGCAUGGGCGGGGACGAAGUCCUGUCACACCAUGUUCUGGAAUGCUUGCAGGGCAGCUGGUACCGAAAGGCAGACGGCAAGCAUGUGGGCGCCGUUUCUGGCUCCUUUCUGGAAGUAAGUGCUGCCUGGGUGCCCCGUAUCACAACCUGCCGGAUACCUUGCAACAUCAGCGACACCCUCGUUCUCAGCAUCGAUGGCCAGACCUUCUUCGGCACUAUCUCUUUGGAGGCGCAGUACUCCAUUACCUGGAGCAACGGCGAUGUUUGGGUAAAGAAGUGA